CACGCGGCUCCGGGGGCGGGACGGCGGCGCUGGUCAGCUGACCCAGCGAGCACUGAACCCAGAAGCCGGCUCUAGCGGCGGAUCUUGAGCUGAACCCUUGCCUGCCUCAAUACGCCAGCGCCCUCCCUCCCACGCGGCCCUGCUGGGCGGGGCGUCCUCUCUCUGCAGCCAUGGUCUGGAAGCAACUGGGCUCCGGCAACUUCUCCAGCUGCCCCAAUGGCUCCCGCCAGUGGAUAUGGGAUGUGUUUGGUGAAUGUGCCCAGGAUGGCUGGGAUGAGGCCAGCGUGGGCCUGGGCUUGAUCUCCAUCCUCUGUUUUGCUGCUUCCACCUUCCCCCAGUACAUCAAGGCCUGCAAGACGGGCAACAUGGACCAGGCCCUGUCCCUGUGGUUCCUUCUGGGCUGGAUUGGAGGAGACUCCUGCAACCUCAUCGGCUCCUUCCUUGCUGACCAGCUGCCCCUGCAGACCUACACGGCUGUGUAUUACGUCCUGGCGGACCUGCUGAUGCUGUCGUUGUACUUCCACUACAAGUUCAAGAGACGCCCCUCGCUGUUGUCUGCCCCCAUCAAUACUGCGCUCUUGUUCGUCCUGGGGACGGCGUGUGCCAUGCCCCUGCUGCGCAGCGCUGACCCCGGGGCUGUACCGAGGGAGGUCUUCCGGGGACGGACGCUCCUAUCUGUGCAGCCGGGCAGCAAGCCCUUCACUCGGCAGGAGAUCAUUGGCUUCGUCAUCGGCUCCGUCUCCAGCGUGCUGUACCUGCUGUCCCGGCUACCUCAGAUCCGCACCAACUUCCUCAGGAAGUCAACCCAGGGGGUCUCUUACUCACUGUUCGGGUUGGUGAUGCUGGGGAACACGCUGUACGGGCUGAGUGUGCUGCUCAAGAACCCCGAAGUGGGCCAGAGCGAGGGCAGCUACCUGCUACACCACCUGCCCUGGCUCGUGGGCAGCCUGGGCGUGCUGCUGCUGGACACCAUUAUCUCCAUCCAGUUCCUGGUGUACAGGAACAACACCUCCUCCCCGGAGCAUGAACCCCUUCUUCCCAGCUGACCAGUGCCAGGACACACCAGGAUGACAGUGACCUCCAGAGGCCACAUGCAGGAGGGACAGGCAUGAGCAGUGAUGGUGCUCCUGCCCCUGCACUGGGCCAUGGAGGAAGCCUAGGGGAGUCCUUGAACCCUGGGCCCAGCUGCCUCCAAAUCCUCCGUGCAGGCCCACCCUGGAGCAUAUCUCCCGAGGUGGAAGGCAGCUGUCCCUGGGAGCCUCAAGGGAGGGGUUGCAUGGCUGCCCCUCCAACCCACCUACCUCAUUCUGCCUGCUCACCCCCCCCCGGGUGGGGUCACAGCUGCAGCCUGGUGGACCCAGGACUGUCUUGUUGACUCCAACUCCGGACGUGCCAUCCGGAUGGAGGGUGCAUAUAGAGGACCUAGUAAACGGUACUUCUCAGCGA